AUGGGGCAGAGCUGUGAGAUCCCAGAUGGUGAUCGCGAAUUCAUCCUGGACAAGGUGAAGGUGCAAAUUAUGGAGGCACUGGGACCCCCGCCACCUGCUGCCUUGACUCCAGGGUCACUGGACAAGCCCCAAAUACCUACCAAAGUUCCAAUGAGGAUUCUACGUAAGAGGCACAGCCCAAAAUAUUCUGCUGUCGUUGAGGACACCUCGCAGGUCAUCUUAUUCCCCACUUCAGAUGUUCUUUGUGAGACUCCAGAUGUUGAAACUCUCAAAACUGAAGGUGGAAAUAGCUACACAUAUGUCUUCCGCCCCUCCACUCACAUCCAGAGUCGUAGAGUCUCAUCAGUGCAGUUCUGGUUUUUUACUGGAAAAUCCAUGAUGGACAAGUCUACCUUGCACCAGACCAUGCCCAGACAGGGAGUGCUAGAGCCCAGUUCAGAAUUUCCUAACCGUGGGCAAAAACUAACACCCAGCAACUCUUCAAAUGGUGGAAAACCUAAGACAGGUGACAGGUUAAACAGUGGCAAUAAAGAGAAGACCCUACAAGUGGACAUCCAGAUACUCUCUGAAGAAAAAACAGUCACUGUGGAAACUAUCAAGGUGCAGAAGAUGGGUGACUGGACUGUCUUUUACCUGGCUCCAGCUUUCCACAGUUACCUGACCAGGAGUCUUUUUGUGCUGCUGGUACAUUGUCCAAAUUGUCCAUGUUCAGAUGAGCCUGAAAAUACUCCCUUCCUUAUGUUCCAUACUCUUCCAGCUCAACGUGGUCGCAGAUCGACCAUUCCAUGGUCUCCAUCUGCUCUAGAGCUUUUACAGCGGCCUCCUGCAUUGGGAGCAGAUAGUGCACAGUGUCAUCGGGGUUCUAUAAACAUAACGUUCGAGGAACUAGGCUGGAACCAAUGGAUUGUGUACCCUGGCAGCUUCCAGUUUCACUAUUGCCAUGGCACCUGUUCACCUAGCCACGGCCUGAGCCUUGCUCUCCACUGGGGGAACUGUUGUGCCGCAUUGCCCAGCACCAUGAAGCCGCUGAGAGUAACCACCACCACUGAUGGAGGCUUCUCUUUUCGUUAUGAGGUUGUCCCGAACCUGCUAACCCAAGACUGUGCCUGCAGUUAA